AUGAAUCCUAACCUCGUUUCUUUCUUUCAGUUUUUCCCAAAACCGAAGGCUCCAAAAGGUUACUAUAUCUACGGUGAUGUUGGCACAGGAAAAACUAUGGUGAUGGACAUGUUCUAUUCAUACGUUGAGACUGAAAAGAAAAAGAGGGUUCAUUUCCACGGCUUCAUGUUGGACGUGCAUAAAAGGAUCCAUCGACUGAAACAGAGCAUGCCAAAGAGGAAAGCAGGUAAAAUGGCCAAAUCCUACGACCCCAUUGCUCCAAUUGCAGAGGAGGUCAGCGAGGAAGCUUGUCUCCUGUGCUUUGAUGAGUUUCAGGUGACUGAUAUCGCCGAUGCCAUGAUUCUCAAGCAGCUCUUUGAGAAUCUGUUUCUGAACGGUGUUGUUGUUGUGGCCACUUCUAAUCGUCCCCCUGAAGACUUGUAUAAAAACGGGCUGCAGAGAGUCAACUUCGUGCCGUUUAUUGCCGUGUUGCAGAAUUAUUGCCAAACUCUCCGCCUGGAUUCUGGGAUAGAUUACCGCAGAAGGAACAAACCAUCUGCUGGAAAACUCUACUUCCUCUCCAGUGAGCCUGAUGGAGAAGCAAAGCUGGACAAGAUGUUUGAUGAGCUGGCUUUUAAGCAAAAUGACAUAACACGACCAAGAGUUCUGAAUGUUAACAACAGGAAAGUGCGUCUGAACAAAGCAUGUGGGACCAUUGCAGACUGCACGUUUGAGGAGCUGUGUGAUAGACCUGUAGGGGCCAGUGACUACCUGGAGAUAUCCAGGCUGUUCGACACCGUCUUCAUCCGACACAUUCCUCUGCUGACACUGAACAAGAAAACUCAAGCCAGGCGGCUCAUAACGCUCGUGGAUGCCCUCUACGACCACAAGGUGCGGGUGGUGAUUCUUGCCGAUCAUCCACUGGAUGGUAUUUUUGUACACCAUGGUGAGCACGGCCAUGACGAGAGCCACAUUCUGAUGGACGAUCUGGGGCUGAAGAGGGAUGAAGCCAGCAGUCUGUCCAUCUUCAGUGGAGAGGAGGAGAUGUUUGCCUUCCAGAGGACCGUGUCUCGCCUCACAGAGAUGCAGACAGAAGAAUAUUGGUUGGAAGGAGACCGAAGCACUAAAUCACAAGUGUAACGUUUUUUAAAAAGUGGACCGUGUUACGCAACCUCCAUAAACUGUACUCCUCUCUGAAAAACAGAGAACACUACUCCUACUCAUCUUCUCCAGCACAAACCCAGCGGGACCGCUCAACAGUAUGUGUGCAAAUGUUGGUACAGGGGAUAUUUAUUGAAAUCUUAAGGCCUUUUAUGACUUUAUUGCGCCAUUGCACUUUCCGGAUGAGUUUUAAUAUAAACUUUAGGGUGUCAUAUUGCUUUUAACUUUUAAUUUAUAUAGUGGUCCAAUUGUAUUUCCUUUUUUGUAUUUCCCACAGAUUUUUAUAAAUCUGUGGGAAAGAGCUGGACAGCUUCUGGAAAUGGAUUCCCACAGGACUUUUAUGAAGAUUUAAGGGACAUAUUAAUCCGGUCUCUUUUGAAAAUAUAAAGCAUCUCAAUGAGUCGUUUAUGAUUCUUCUGCAAGCCUGAAUACAGUGGCAGCAGAUUGAUUCACAAGAUUAAAAGCCGUGUUUAUUUCUGAUGAUUUAUGUGGACGGUGCUCGUGAAGAAUAUUUCACGAUACUCUGAACAAUAACGUUUGACGUUUUCAUUUGGUGGUUUAAAAGGAAACAGAACAUGUGUCACAGGAAGUGUUUUAGUGCAUACUUGACGUCCAGGUCUCUAUAUUAUGUUUCCAUCUUCAUAAAUGAAGCAAACAACGGUUUAAGUGUUGGAGUUGGUUGAUGUUUAA